UCAAUGUUAUUGUCUGCAAGUAAGGAGAGUUUGUUUGGGCAUUUUGAUAUUUGAUAAUGUCAGAUAAUUUGCAGUGUUAGGAAGGAAAACAAAUAAAGUUGGGUGAAUUGUCUUAGCACUUCAGUAAGCGGAUCAUGGCUGAUUGCAACUGGACAUCCGAGGGGAGUGUUGCCUCUGACACAUUCUCAUCAUUGCCACCUUUAGUGAUAUGGACCAGCAAAAGGUCAGUUGUAUGUCCUCCGCCGCAGAAUGCAUCUUAUUCUACGCCUUUUACAGCAUUUCACAACGCAUACGCUGUUGGUGGAAAUCAAGUACAUGUAGCGACCUCUGAAGCCUCCUUUGCCAAUUUUGCACUACAUCAUACCCCAAGCCGCCCCUGGAAUACGCCAUCAGUUAUCUCCAAUUUACGUCCAGAUCAACCGCUGCUGGACAUAACAGACCAGUUCAGGGACCCUCGACCAGAGUUCCAGAGGAACGAAGAUACACACACUUUUGAUGUAUCAACAACAGCUGUCGAGAACCCAUGCUCGAAUCCUAUGAUAUCAGCAGUGGAAAUUGACCAAAGAUCGCAAGACAGCGGUAGCCAAACUGUGCAGUACCCAGUCUCAGUUUCAGAUCACUACGCGGGACAUUGGCACGUACCAGAUGACUCGGAAGAAGGCAAUUAUGCAAGAAUCGUUUCGGAAGUGGACCUUCACAUUAUCGGACAUGUUCCAGAAUCUCCCCUAGCGCCUAGCGUAUCUGAGUAUGCCAAAAAUCAUGAUCGUCAAGCGCUCGCGAAACAGCAUACCUCGAAGGCGAGUCCUGAGGAAGACAGUCAACUUUUACCUGACUUUCCUCAACAUCGUCUGUCGCUCAGCAAAGAAACCAGGGUGUCACUUGAGCGCCAGCAUGAUAUGCAUAAUCAUGCACUUUCACAAUCUGGAGAAGAGCCAAUUAAAUGUAAGAAAUGCAAUGAAUCUUUUUCUACGCAAUCUUGUCUAACUUCUCAUGAAUGCGCACAUCCAGUUGAGAAAUCUUUCAAGUGUAAACAGUGUGAUAAAACCUUCAACACGCGAUAUAAUCUUAAUCGUCAUGGACGAGUUCACACUGGAGAAAAACCCUUUCCGUGCCGGUACUGCGCUAAAUCAUUCAGGGACAAAUCAAAUCUUACUGUUCAUGAACGGAGGCAUUCCGGGGAAAAGCCGUUUAAGUGUGAUCAUUGUGACCAAGGUUUUCACGACAGGUCCAACCUUAGAGUUCAUAAACGUACGCAUACAGGAGAGAAGCCAUUCAAGUUGAAAUUGUGUGGCAAAGAUUUCAGGCAUACUUCGUCCUUAGCAGAUCACCAACGCGUCCAUACCGGACAAAAAACAUUCAAGUGUAAAGCAUGUGGAAAGACUUUCUCUGUGAAAGCCAAUCUAACAAGACAUGAAAGAAAACAUUCCUGACAGAAACUGAUAAGCAAUUGUUACAAGUUUUUCAAUGAAAAAACACUUGGAAGGCUAUGCGAAUACUAACACCAGUUAACCAAAUGCUUCUUUCCAAGGCAAUGGAACAUUUUCAAUAUAGAAACGUUUUGAAACUCAAGUAGCCCAAUAUGAACUCCAUGCAAAAUUCAUUGCUUACAUGCUAACUUUUACAUUUGUAGCACCACAAACAGUCUCAUUGUCAUUGUUCUAGAGUGAUAUAUUGUACAGUUUCUAACCAUGUUACUCAAUGCACUUCUUACCCGUAUUUCCAUAUCUGCCAUUCAGAAAAUAAAACGCAUUUUGCAGAAAAUGAGGCUCAUUUUUGAUAAAAAAUAUUAUUAGUAACUGUUCGCGCAUUUUUCUUAUUCUGCAGGCAUGCUGGGGAGAAGAGACGCUGUGCUGUUUUGAAAUGAUGAUGCUAAAUAAGUGAGGUACUUUGUUCCUGUAUGUACCUUUAGUUCCAUUUGUAUCGUUAUGUAGUCCCGUUCUAGUCCCUAUUAAAGCUCUAAAUAUCGUCUAAAAAUAUGAUCUCAAUGUUUAUUUGCUUGUGGGAAUGUGCAAACAACAGAAAGUGACACUCACUACCAAUAAUCGAUCAUGUGACAAUUGACUAUGGCCAGCGAUGCUCUACCACUAAGCAUUCUGCCUCUAG